ACCGUGGACCCAGCCCUGAGCUCCCACUCUCCACACAUAGUCGCUUUGUUUUGACAUGAAACUGGGAUUUUAAAUCCGGAAUCUCUGGGGAUUUCUGAGCUCCACCUUCACACAGGGGAUCGGGGACGAGCCGAGGAUCCCGUGACUCGGGGGCGCGCCUAGGACUUGGCUGUAAUGUGUAAAAGUUUGAGAGGAAGCGCAGGGAGAGUGAGAGAGAGCGAGCCUGAGCUGAGGAUUUACAGAGUCCUGUGUGCCCAGGACCUCGUCUUAGGGGGCUUCCCCCCCACCCCCCCGAAUUGUUGCCUUGUUCCCCACCUCCCCUGUAUUGGGACAGCACAUUCCCUGUCGAUGUGAGGCACUGGAGGCGUGUAGUAAUGUGUUGGACCAGCGUUUUGCUCUAUCCAGUAGCUGCUUUGCUGCUGUCCUUACCCAUCUGUCAGCUGUCUAAAUACACUCCAGGAGUGAUGCCGUUUGAGGAGGUUUGGAAUCGCAGCCACUGUCGGGCCAUUGAGGUAUUGGUGGAUGUUGUUCGAGAGUAUCCGAGUGAGGCGGAGUAUAUCUUCAAACCCUCCUGCGUACCUCUCCUACGGUGUGCCGGCUGCUGUGGCGAUGAGAAAUUAAGGUGCACGGUACGGGAGAUGUACAACGUAACGAUACAGGUCAUUAAAUUGAAACCUUUGGACCAUGUGACUAGCCAAGAGGAGAAAAUCUUCACUGAGCACAGCAGCUGUGAAUGUCGACGACGACGGAAGAGAUUGAAAGGUAACAGGAGAAACAAUAAAAGGAAAGGUCAGAGGCGACGGACAAAGAUAGAAGACGUGCCCGAGCUUAACCAAUGCCCCUCAUCGAGGCGGAGGCACCUCCAAGCAGCCUGAGGCCUGGCUUGCGAGAUCACUGAACCGUGGAGAGACAUUUUGAAUGCGGAGCUGCGGCAAUGACGGGCAACGUUGGCAGCUUCUUGACGUUGUUGUGGCUGCCUUUCCUAGUGCAGCUGUCUGAGUGAACUGGAAUUUGCUCAUUUUUGAAGGGGGAGGAGGCCGAGAGGGAGAAGCAUAGUGCAGGGGGGUUGCUGCCUUUCAGCCCACAGACUCUGCACUGGCUCUCCGAGUGAGCAUCUUGCCUAGCACCAUUCUCCUACCUUCGUCCUGUAACCUUGCACGUUCUUCCUACUCUCAAAUCAUUAUAAAUGCCCUUUUGAAAUUUGAAACCAAGCCUGCCCUUUUUAAGGCAGUGCAUUCCACAUCGCUGCAUGAAAAUAGACUUUUGUCUUUUUGCUUCAUUUACCAAAACUUGGCUUUUAAAUCUUUAAACUCUCGUUUCACAAGUGGGAGCAGUUUCUCCCGAUCUCCUGCAUCCAGACCCAUUUUGAUUUGGAAAGUAUCUCUAUCAGAGCUCCUGACCACCACGUUUUCGCUAGGGAACACAGCUCCCUACUGUUAACUGGAAACAGUAAAAGAAUAACUCUUCUUUUAAUUGUGAUUUUGAACAGAAUAUUCACUCAGCAUGAUCUAUUUUAAAACUCUAAUCCAGAAACCUUAUGAGCUGCACGAGUUGAGGAAUUGCGUGUGUCUGUAUUUUUAAACUGAUCUGGAAUUCCCCUCAUUUUUUUUUUAUAUAUAUCUAAGGAAGAAACUUGCAAUUAUUUAGCACCUUUUGCAGCUUCAGGUCAUUUCCUCAGUCGCUUUGGAGGCAAGGGAUUGAAGCCUAAUCACCGACCCGCAGGAAAUGCCGAUGAGCACACAGCAAGAUCCCACAGAGGCGUGUGAUAAAUGGAUAAUUACAAAAGGCACCUCUUAAAACAACCUGGGAAGUAGCCCCACGACUUGUGUUCUAUCUGAUCUUUUCAGGUGACCCUAGUCACUAAUUUGUGCUGGGGUGUAGCUGUAGGUGUGCUGACCUGUAGGGGGGUGGGGGGUGUGUGUGUGUGUGUGUUUAUAUAGCAUAUACUGUGACAUCAUGGUAGUAUCCCUACCUCUGAGCCAAGAAGCACAUGUUCAGGUCCCACGUGCUCCUGAGAUGUGUCAUAACAUUUCUGAACAGGUUGAUUUGAAAUAUUUGUAGUGUGACACCUGUUGCAAUCUGUCACAGAAUUAUUCCAGUGUGGGAAAGAGGCCUUUCGGUCACUCUUGUCUAUACUACCUCUGAGCAGUUUACUUGCAGCCAUUCUCCCACCUUCUUCCCACAAUCCUGCAAUUCUUUGUUUUCUGAUGACAACAGUCCAACUGAACCUACUUCCACCACAGCAUCAGGCAGUGCAUUCCAGACCCUGACCACUCACUGAGUGAAAAAUCUUUUCCUUGUUGCUUUUUUGCUUAUUUUACUGAUUUACUUUAAAUCUGUGCCCUCUUGUUCACCAUAGUUUCAAGAGUGAGAACAGUUUCCACUGAUGAGGGAAUCUUGAAUUAUGGGGAUAUAGUUACAGAAUAACAGGAUAACAACUGGGAUGCAAAGGAAUUUCUUCUCCUGGAGAGUGGCGAAUGUCUGGAAUUCUCUACCCCAGAGAGUUGUGGAGGCUGGAUCAUUUAGAGGAAGUACAUUUCUGAAAUAUCAAGGGGUUGAAGGCUCAGCAGUUGACACAAAAGAGGAGUUGAGGCCUGGGGUAGAUCAGCCGUGAUCUUGUAGGAUAGCAGGGUAGGCUUGAGGGCUGAAUGGCCUAUGCCAGCUUCUGUAUAUGUUAUGAUUUUGAAAACCUCUACUAAAUCUCUGUCUUCUCUACUCCAGGGAAAACACUCCUAACUUUUCUCCAAUCUAUCCUCCAUAACCAAGGUUCCUCAUUCAUGGAACCAUUGUUGGAAAAGCUCUUCCACACCCUACCCAAUCCCUCCACAUCAUUCCUACAGUGUGGACAUCAUACUGCAGCUGAGGCCAAAUUAGUGCCUUUGAUAUUUUCCAAACAACCUGCUCAGAUGUUAUGACACACCUCUGGAGCAGUUGGGACUUGAACCUGGACCUCCUGGCCCAGAGGUAGGGACACUACCACUGCACAAUAACAGCCCUCAAAUGUGUGUCUCCUACUGGGUCCUCUAGCCCUUUUCUUGAGAAAUUGCAGUGACUGUAAGAGAACUGCUAGCUUUCCAAACAAAGCUUUUGCAUCCUCCCUUGUAGUUGACUUCGAGUAUGAUUACCAUUGGCAUUUCUUGCAAGCGACCCCCUAAAAUUCUGCACACAUUUGUUGUGCAGCGGAAUUUAAUUGAUAUUUUGGACUUAUCGUUCUAUCUCAAAAACCCCAAGGCGAAGGUUGAGCUACUCUGACAUAUGCAAUAAAAAUGCUUUUUCUAAAUAAAAACUUCUGUAUUGCUAAUUCUAA